UAUUGUUUACAUCGCAUAGCUAUUGAACUACGGGAGGGAGCAGCCUGGCCGUCCUAUGGUCAUGCCUUUGUGGAACAUGAAACAUUGUUCACUGUAUUUCAGGAUAAUCCAAUACUGAAUUGAAUAGAAGGCCUGCUAUAUUCAAUUAGAUAAUUUGUAUCCUUAUCAUCCUGCCUGCAAAACUGAGAUAUGCCGCCGAAAAAGAAAGGAGGCAAAGGCGCAAAAGGCGUGAGAGGCAGUGGCGGGAUCAUAGAUGGCGUCUCGACGACCGAGAUGUCACGCGAACAGCUGGAGGCGUUUGCGACGCGCAUCCGAGAGGAGCUGGAGAGAGAGAGGGAGGAGCGCAACUUCUUCCAGCUGGAGAGAGAUAAGCUGAGGAUCUACUGGGAGAUCACUCGCCAGCAGUUGGAGGAGAAUAGGGCUGCUUUGCGAAAUAAGAAUAGAGCCAUAGAAGAAGCUGAGGAAAAUCACCAGGAAGAGAUCAAGAUUUUGAAGCAAAAAGUGAAGCAUUUGAUGUAUGAACACCAUAGCAACUUGUCUGAGCUCAAAGCUGAGCAAAUGGUAACGUUGAAGUUGGCUGAAGAAGCGCACUGUGAACAAGAAGUAGAACAUCUUGAAGACAAGAAAUCGUUGAAAAGCCAGUUGUCUGAAUUAAAAUUGGCUCACAAUGAAGAAUUGAAAGACCUCAGAUUGAAACAUAACGAGGAAAUCAACGAGAUCCGUAUUGAUUUUGCACAUCAAAUCGACACAUUAGAAAUGAAAUCAGAAGAACGGUUGACAGCCUGCAGGAACCAGUUGACGUUGAAUAAGAAACUGGAACUGUCCGAAUUGGAAGAACGAAAAAACCGUCAAAUUGAUCAACUGGUUGCUAAUCACCAGGAGGCUUUCAAGGAGCUAAAAUCCUACUACAGUGAUAUCACACUUAAUAAUUUGUCCCUUAUCACAACACUCAAGGAGCAAAUGUCAGACAUGAAAAAGACUGAAGAUAAAAUGGAGAAAAGGCUGCAUGAGUUGACUGCAGAAAACAAACGAUUAAUUCAGCCAUUGCAAGUGGCAAGAGACCAAGUGGCAGAUCUGCAACAUCAGCUACAAUCAUAUGAGAAGGAUAAGAUGUCACUUGUCAAUUGUAAACGCCAGCUUGCAUCUGUUACAAAACAAUUCCAGGAUCUCACUGCAGAGCAUGACGUUCUCGAACUUGCUAUGGAAAAGGUGAAGAAAGAAAGAGAUGAGCUGCACGACAGAUUUGUGUCAGCAGUCCUAGAGUUGCAACAAAAGGCUGGCUUGAAAAAUGUGUUGCUAGAGAAGAAAUUGUCAUCACUGGAAGAAACGUUGGAAAAGAGAGAAGUGCAAUUGGCUGAGGCCAUGUCUGCUGCUAACCUGGAUUCGAAAGCUAUGAGGCCAAUAAAUACCAAACUUGAGGAGCAAAUGUCAGACAUGAAAAAGACUGAAGAUAAAAUGGAGAAAAGGCUGCAUGAGUUGACUGCAGAAAACAAACGAUUAAUUCAGCCAUUGCAAGUGGCAAGAGACCAAGUGGCAGAUCUGCAACAUCAGCUACAAUCAUAUGAGAAGGAUAAGAUGUCACUUGUCAAUUGUAAACGCCAGCUUGCAUCUGUUACAAAACAAUUCCAGGAUCUCACUGCAGAGCAUGACGUUCUCGAACUUGCUAUGGAAAAGGUGAAGAAAGAAAGAGAUGAGCUGCACGACAGAUUUGUGUCAGCAGUCCUAGAGUUGCAACAAAAGGCUGGCUUGAAAAAUGUGUUGCUUGAAAAGAAAUUGUCAUCACUGGAAGAAACGUUGGAAAAGAGAGAAGUGCAAUUGGCUGAGGCCAUGUCUGCUGCUAACCUGGAUUCGAAAGCUAUGAGGCCAAUAAAUACCAAACUUGAGGAGCUCCUGAAUGUGAAAAACAAACAAUUGAAACAAAUGGAACUGGAGCUUGCCAAAGUGUGUAAAGCUCAUGAUGACAUUUUGCACGCUUAUGAAUCGAAAAUGGGAGAUUUCGGUUUGACCAAAGAUCAAUUCGCUCAUAGACGAUUUGGUGACAUAAGUGCCAGAAGAAAACAAGAUAGUGGUGAUCAAGUGGUUGAUGGUGCUUUGUGACGUCAUGAUUAGUGAGAUUUUUUUAUGUAUGGGUACUUUUGAAACUAUUGGUAUUCUAGUAUUGAGUGUGGAAAGUCAUAAUCCAUAAUUUCAUCUUCUACAACCAAACAAUAUAGUUGUAUAAUUUUUCUUGACCACUUGUAAUAGGCCUAGUUCAUAACUGGGCGAUGAGAUCAUCAAUUAAUUAUAUUAUAUAACUCCUACUCGGAGACUCAAAGAAUAUAAUUAUAUUAAAAACAAUCCACCAUAAAGAAUAAAGUUUUUAAAGU